GCGUUUUUUUAAUUUUUUUUUUUACUUUUUUUUUUUAUUUACCGUAUUUAGUAUUUACAUUUAACUCGUAGCUCGCAACUACUAUAUCGGUAGUGUAGUAUUAUUAUUAUUAUUAUUAUUAUUGUUGUUGUUAUUAUUUAUUAUUACUCUCACGUCGAACAAUAUUAUUAUUAUUAUUUUGAUGAAUCGUCGGUAGGCACCUAUGGCCCCCGUCGACGGUCGCUGAAAAUUCAUUAGCAGACAUCUGGCCUUACCCGACGACAAUAGGGGAAAAAAUUCACACACACGCGCGAGUAGCUACGGCUCGAUUUUUUCAUCAAUCACCCGAGGUCGCAACAUACAAAAUCGACAAGUUGGCCGAGACCUUCGCGGCAUUGCCGGCGAUAUUUUUGCAAUGGCGAGGUAGUGCCCGAACAAAACCCAACGGCAACGGCAGCAACGACAACAACACGAUGAGCGUACCGAUUAGCGACGGCAUUGGCGAUUUCUACUUUCUAAAACAAAAACCCAAAUCCACGCCCAUCGAACGCGACUUCAGAAUCUCGGACAACGUGUUGGGCUUGGGCAUCAACGGCAAGGUGUUGCAGUGCUUCUCGGUGGCCACCGGUCAUAAGUACGCGCUCAAGGCCCUGGUGGACUGUCAGAAGGCGAGACGUGAGAUCGAUUUGCACUGGAGAGCGAGUGGCUGCAUUAACAUAGUCAACAUCAUGGAUGUAUAUGAAAACAUGUACAUGGGGAAAAAAUGUCUAUUAGUCAUCAUGGAAUGUAUGGAAGGUGGUGAAUUAUUUCAACGCAUCCAAGAGCACAAUGACGGAGCAUUCACCGAAAGAGAAGCGGCACACAUAAUGACUGAUAUUUGUGCAGCUGUCAAAUACCUUCAUGACAUGAACAUUGCCCAUCGUGACUUAAAACCAGAAAACUUAUUAUACUCAAAACCUGGUGUCAACGGCAUUUUGAAACUGACAGACUUUGGUUUUGCAAAAGAAGUAUCACAAAAAGCUCCACUUAAAACUCCUUGUUAUACUCCAUAUUAUGUCGCGCCCGAAGUUUUGGGACCAGAAAAAUACGACAAGAGUUGCGAUAUUUGGUCUUUAGGUGUUAUCAUGUAUAUACUGUUGUGUGGGUUUCCGCCGUUUUUUAGUAACCACGGCCAAGCGAUAUCUCCAGGAAUGAAAAACCGUAUAAAGACUGGCCAAUUCGACUUUCCCAGUCCCGAAUGGGACAACGUUUCCAAGGACGCCAAGACUUUAAUAUCAUCCAUGUUGUUGGUAGAUCCGGCGGCUCGUCUCUCCAUCGAUCAGGUCGUCAUGCACAAGUGGAUUGCGGCGUACACCGAAGUGCCACAAACGCCGCUUCACACGGGUCGUAUGCUGAAAGAGUCUGGCGACGUUUGGCCCGAGGUGCAGGAAGAGAUGACCCGAUCUUUGGCUACCAUGCGUGUGGACUACGAUCAGGUCAACAUCAAAGCGUUGAACACGUCCAACAACGCGCUGUUAAACAAGAGGAGGAAAAAAGUAGCCACCACCAGCGCUUCUAUCCGUUAAUGUAGACGACAGAUUUCAUCGGAAAACAUCAGCAAUAUCAUGGCAAAUUCUUGCCACCUGCCCCCCCCCUCCUCCAUCUACCAAGUUCAUAUUGGACAGAAACCCUUAAGAAGAAUUUACAAAUGCGUGUAUCCAAACAUUGUCCUAUUGUUUGGUGUCUCCCUAAAAUGUAUUUCAAUCUACAGAGAAGAAGUCACUGCGGCGAAGAGUACAAAUUCAAAGUAACACACCAAUAUUUUCAUUAGAUUUUAUCGAAUAGCUAAUAAAAAGUAAUUUUAAUAAAGUCCAACGUUUCCCUGAAACAAACUAACAAAUUAAUUACAAAUUAUUGUUAUUGUAACAUUUGGAUAUCGCAUAUUCAACAAACGGUGAUAAUAUUGCUUUUACUUGGCUUUUUUUUUUUUUUUUUAACACUAACUAACAAACUAAGAAACCUUUUAAAGGAAAAUCCAAGGACAUUCAAACCCGAUUUUUAUCAGCUGCCCGUAGUAUAACUUACUUAUCACAUUUAUUAUAUUUUGCAAGCCUCGUGUGUGAUAUUACUUAAGUGAAAAGCCGUUGUAAUAAUUUUAUACUAAAAAAAAAAAAAAAACAAAUUAUAUUUAUAAAA